AUGUUUAGGAGAGACUCAAGACUUGAUUCGUGGUUUUUCAGCCUUCUGGUCAGUACUCUGUCCAGGAGUCUCUUUGCCUUUGCAGCCCUUGCCAAGAAUCAGACUUCUAAAGGUUUUGCUCCUGUCACGAUUGAGACCUCAAGACACAUGUAUGAAUAUGUGGCCACUGCUUUGGACUGGUGGCAUGCAGACAGAUACUGCGAACAACGCUUUUCCCAGUUGCUUUUUGAACCCCAAGACAGUGAGCGAGCUUCCUUCAGCAAACUGCUGCAGUCCCACAGCAUCAGAGGUUCUGUCUGGCUAAAUGAAAGGGAUGGUUUCCUGCACAAACCAAAAUGGAGACGGGACCACAGUGUACCAGUCCUGGUAUUCAGAGACAAAACAGACACAAAAUAUGUGAAGGUGCUCUCUGACUUCCCAGCACUGCCUGCUGUCACAGCCUGUGCCCACCUCCAAUGGGACACCAGGACCCAGGAGAUUGCUACCAUCUUCUCCUAUGCUGUGCCGGCUUUUAUUAAUGAGUUCCAGCUCCGUGGCUUUGUUGACGAGGAAGGCUUUGUUCGAUUUGCUCUCAUAGUCCACGGGCACCAUUCGCCAUACCUGCCCGUGUUCCGCGCUGAUGGACGGUGGCAUCACUUCUGCGUGACCUGGCAGCAGGAAAACGGGACCUGGGCCAUCUAUGCUGAUGGUAAAAGGAGAGCCUCUGCCAGCGGUUUGUGUGCUGUGGGGCCGUCUGCCCCCCAGGCCAUCUACGGCCAGGGGACUUUCAUAAUUGGGCAGGAUCAAGAUUCCCUGGGGGGCACCUUCAGGGAGAAAGAGUCCUUCAGUGGGAACAUCACUGACUUGCACAUCUGGCAGAAAGUCCUCAGUGCGGAACAGAUUGAGAAAGUUCGGUCAUGCUGGGUGGUAGAGCAAGACCUUGUAUUUGGGUGGAGCUCAAACGCUCUGGAGGUUGAAAGCACCGUUCAGGAGGUGACUGCACAGUUCCUUUGCCCAGGGCCUGUUGAGGAAUGCCGAGUUUUUGAAGUUGGCAGCAGUGGAUUCAGUUACACAUCUUGUUUGCAGUCUUUGCCUUUUAUCUGUCGCUACAGAAAGGAUGCAUACUGGCAACUGAAAAAAGCUCAGCUGGAAUCCAGCCAUUCGCUUGUCAGCCGUGUGAACACACUUGCAGAGAGGACUGUGAUUCCUGAGAACUUCUUCACAAGCAACAUCCAAGACAUGAACCUCUCUGUUGCUCUUGGUGCUCUUGAUGUCUUGGCAACUGUUCUGAGGGAAGGAGAGACACCCGUGCUGGAGUCGUCUGACCUCCUUGCAGUGCUUCAGUUACUAAAGCAAGUUUCUGAUGUGGAAGUCCAGGAGGGAGAGGAGCUGGAGAUGUUGGAGCAAUUGGGGCAGUAUUACGUGGAAGUGACUGAGUUAAUCCUGGAAGAGCAGAAUAUUGAAACGUGGUCAUCAGUCAGCCAGGUUAUCAGAGGGCCUAUGGCUGUUGUUGAGCUCUGCGACAGAAUGGUGUCACACUUAGCCCCACUGCUGACUGCAGGGAGGACGAAGAUCACGAUCCAGCAUGGCAAUGUCGGGAUGGAGGUCAGGAAGCUGGAGCUGAGCAGGCAGGAGCUGAGCAGUCAGGCGUACCUGGUCCAGAGCCCCAAGAAAGGCAGGCAUGACCUCAUUGAAGUUCCCACAGAAGAAGUGCAAAGACUGAAAGCCAGAGGUCUCCGCAGAGUCAUGGUGAAGAACAUGUGGUUUGGCUACGGCUCCCUGCAGCGCUGCCUGUCCAGCGCUGGCAGCAGUGCUGUCUUCCAGGACGUGCCUGCCUCUGACGGAGGACAGAAGUACCUGAGCACCACGGUGGGCACUGCUGUGAUCUCAUCUGCUCUGCUCAGCGACUACCAGGAGAUCAGCACGUCCGUGCGCUACCGCCUGCAGCACCGUGUCCAGGACCUGCCCGAUAAGCUGGUGGGGCCCAUCUGUGCCUUCUGGAACUUCAGCCUCAGCCCAGAUGCUGGUGGGAUGUGGUCCACAGCUGGCUGCUCUGUGGUGACAUCUCUCCCGGACUCCACUACCUGUUUUUGCAACCACACCACAAAUUUUGCUGUCCUGCUGCAGGUGUACGAGAUGCAGAGGACCACCAAGGAGGAGCUCACACUGCAGACUUUGACUUUUAUUGGAUGUGGAGUUUCAUUCUGUGCCUUGAUAGUUACCUUCAUUUUAUUCUUGGCAGUUGGUGUCCCCAAGAGUGAACGAACAACCGUGCACAAGAAUCUGAUCUUUGCAUUAGCUGCAGCAGAAGCUCUGCUCAUGUUCAGUGAACUGGCCAAGACCAACCAGGUGGUGUGUUUCAUGGUCACUGCCUGCCUUCAUCUCUUCUUCAUGGCAGCCUUUUCAUGGAUGCUGGUAGAGGGGCUUCUCCUGUGGAGCAAAGUGGUAGCGGUCAACAUGAGUGAAGACAGGAGAAUGAAGUUCUACUAUGUGACAGGCUGGGGCCUUCCAGUCGUUAUCGUGGGUGUGACGCUUGCAACUUCCUUUAACAAGUAUGUGGCAGACAACCAUUGCUGGCUGAACAUUCAGACCAAUGUCAUCUGGGCCUUUGUUGGGCCUGUUCUCUUCAUCCUGGCAGUGAACACCUUUGUGCUGUUCCGGGUGGUGAUGGUGACUGUGUCCAGUGCUCGCAGGAGAUCAAAGAUGCUGACGCCCAACAGCAGCCUGGAGAACCAGAUUGGAAUACAGAUAUGGGCCACAGCCAAGCCCAUCCUGGUGCUGCUGCCCGUGCUGGGGCUGACCUGGGUGUGUGGGGUCCUUGUCCACCUCAGCAUCAUUUGGGCCUAUGUCUUCAUUGUGCUGAACUCCCUCCAGGGCCUGUACAUAUUCCUGGUCUAUGCAAUCUACAACAGCGAGGUGAGGAAUGCCAUCCAGAGGAUGAAGGACAAGAAGAAAGCACUCUCAUUCACAAACUGCUCUCAUCCCAUCAACUACUUAUCAAGUCCAAGAAACACAGCCUCUUGGGAGACAGGGAAACUGAGUCCUUCUGCAGCUGAGAGUGCCUUGUCAAGCCCUGUGCAGAAAGACCCCCCAGUGAAGAACAUCACCAACAAAGGAAAUUUUGGAGCCAAAAUUCCCAUGGGGAUUUCAUCAAUUAUGUCACCUGAGAGACCGGCUGUAGAGCUGACAGCGUUCAAAUCCUCAGGUUGUAGAAAGGCCAAUGUCACCAUGGAGGUGGGUAGAAUUAAAACCAGAAAUCCCUCCUAA